GUGUCCAUCAAGGAGUGGACGGUCCUGGACCAGAUCUGGGCCGAGAUCCGCCUCUCCGUGCAGGAGUUCGCCCAGUUCCUGGAGCGGACGUUCAACGAGAAGGUCGCGGACACGUGGGAGUUCUUCGACAAGGACGGCAGCGGCGGGGUCACCGAGGAGGAGUUCCUGCAGGCGGUGGCCCGCCUCGGCUACUUCGGCCCCGCGAAGACCAUCUACGCGUUCCUCGACCCCGCAGGAAGAGGCAGCCUGGGCCGAGAGUCCUUCGACCACCUGGCGGACUUCGAGAACAGCAUACUGGCCGUGGACAUGCGUGCGUAG